AUGGCGCCGCUCGACAUCUUUGGUGUCUGGGUUUUGACUUUGCUGUCCUUGCUAACAAUCAACACUGCCGCAACUUAUAUUCCCAGUGCCGUAGAGGAAAGAAUCUUGAACAGUUCAACGCAGCCUAGCAUUCAGGAUAUAUCACGCAGGGCAGAUCAGAACUGUUCCGUCGAAAUCCUCGUCACAAAAGUCUUGGUCUUGAUCCCCGUCCAUAUUGAUUAUUAUUUUUACGCGAACACGAUUCUCAAGGUGUACGACUAUCUGAAGCUCGAUAUUACCAAUGCACCAACAAGCAUCAACACGAUUUAUACAGGAACAAGCUCCAUGUUCGUGACACAGUCGAACCAGAUUCCCCAGGUUCCUCCAGCACACAUAACCCACUCGUCUCCAUCCUUCUCGUACGUGGAGAGCUAUUCCUUCAUGCUCUCCAUGAUGGUAGUCGACCAGCAAGGAAAUACUCGCUUCAAGAAACGGCAAGGAAACGUUUAUCUCGGGGGAACAGGCCAAGCGACAGAUAGCUGCCAGAAUGCAGUCGUCUACAACCUGGUCAAUGGGCAGUUGUUUGCGAACUCCAGUGCAGGCGCUUUGCAGUUCGGCACCACUUCUGGCACAACCUAUGCGAACUUUACAGCCAGCGCAAGUCCUGGAGACAUCACCACCGCCUUUUCCGUCGACACUCAAAACAACCUCAUGUGGAGUAACUCUGCGUUCUACAACAACAGGGCGAGAUUUUGUGUCCUUCCGGACAAUACAAUUGUGGCUGUCUUUAGCGACCCGUUGCUGGCGCCUGACGAUUGUCUUUUUGUGAGCUUGAGCAUGACAAGAGUCAGUAGCUGCGCCGCUGCUGUAGGAGCUCCACAACUAAGCGGGCCAUCUGGACCGGCCGGCAAUUCGAUGUCGAAUACCGCCCGACCUUCAACGACUCAUAAGCCUACGGAUGUUCUUAUGCUGAUUUUUCUUUCGUCGAUAGCCCCACCGGCCCAGCAGGUCCAACAGGUGCCACUGGUGCGCAAGGACUACAAGGCGUUCAAGGAUUACAAGGGAAGCCAGGGUCUCCAAGGCCCAACUGGAGCUACCGGAGCGACCGGUGCCACUGGUGCUCAAGGGCCGUCUGGCCCAUCAGGUCCAUCAGGCCCAGCUGGUCCAAUAGGUCCCACGGGAGUGACCGGUCCAUCGGGUUCCGCUGGCCCCUCUGGUCCUUCCGGUCCGGUUGGUCCAACAGGCCCUACAGGUCCCACAGGGGUGACCGGUCCCUCUGGUCCCUCGGGUCCCUCUGGCCCUUCAGGACCUGCCGGCCCGACGGGCGCGACAGGACCAAAAGGCGCCGACGCGAUCCAGUUCGCCUAUCUCGGAUGUUGGGCGCAAGGCUGCAACUCCGUCGGCACGUGCGUUGCACUGGGAAACUAUGGGUUCGACAGCGCGAGCACCAAUGGCGGCUUCAAUACCACUCUCACAGGCAGUUCGACCGCCAAUAUCGACGCGCAGUGCGCCAGCAUUUGCAUCACAAAGAACGGCGCCAACUUUUUCGGCACAGUCAGCGCCUCCUCGGGGAGCACGGCUGAUUGUUACUGCGGCGCUGCGAUCACCGGCACCGCAACCCUGAUGUCCAACUGUGUGCCUUGCUACGGGCAGAGCGUGGGCCUCUGCGGCAAAUCUCAGCUGUCAAUCGCCGUGUAUGCGAGGGCUUUUUGAGGAGGCAUGACGACAUUGCAAGGGGAUGGUGCUGGGAUAUAGGGCCUCAUUCCGACUUGCGGCGGCGUUUUUGAGGUUUGACGGAUUUUUGUCUUCCGAUGUGUCAGCUCUGGGUACUAUUUCUUCAUUCUCCGCCUUC